CUACGCUGGUCACUGGCCUGGUCGAUGUAACCUAUUAGGCUACAUUACAACACAGUGCAAAACGUGAGGCGCUCACGAGAGGGAUGUUUCCCGUGGUAUUUCAUUUCUAAGUUAGUCAUAGCCUACCAUCAACUCAUGAGUAGGCCUAUGAUCGAUGUUUGCAACAGUUGGUUUGAUUCUCAUGUUAGGAUACCAAGAUUCUUGUUCGUACUAUUGAGGCAUGUAGGCUACCCUUGAGUCCUGCGUUUGUCAAAUAGUGCGCCCUACUGUCACCAUUGCGCAUGACUGGAAAAUGCAGAGAGAAGUGGGCCUACUGUUUUGAGAAGAAGUCUUUUGCAGCCCCGGAUCAAAAUAAUCAACGACGUUAGGGUAUUAGAAGAAUACCAUUCGACCUCAAGUUCCAAGGAAUUUGCUGUCCCAUGGUCUCUUGAGAAGACAGAUGUUGCUAAGUGGUAACAUUAAAGAAAUAAUGUAACGUUAAGCGUCUGCUCUUGAGGUCUGAUAUGCCUACGUUAAUUCAGUAAUGGAAAAGCAGCCGGAAUGUUUGGCAGUAAUCUAUUCUACCUGAAGUCAAGUAGGCUACUAGCCCUAACCUAAGGUGGAGUGGGACAUCUCAAGAAAACACACACGCUGCAGCUGCCUAGUGGAUAUUGUUGAAGAGGUUGUUGAUGUGUGUCCAUGUAGGCACUGCUGCAAAUGUCUUCCUCACGCCUCAAGAGUCUUCCUCCAUAAAGGCAGUCCUGAAGCAACUCAAGAUGACCGCAAGCAUUGACAGCAGGGAUGAUGUUUUUGAUGGGUUGAUGGAGGAAGAUGAAAAGGAUAAAGCAAAACGAGUUUCCAGAAACAAGUCCGAAAAGAAGCGCAGAGACCAGUUCAAUGUGCUCAUCAAGGAGCUGGGCGGCAUGCUGCCGGGAAACACGCGCAAGAUGGACAAGUCCACCAUCCUGCAGAAGAGCAUCGACUUCCUCCGCAAGCAUAAAGAAAUUGCAGCUCAGUCUGAGUCCAGUGAGAUUCGUCAGGACUGGAAGCCGCAGUUCCUCAGCAACGAGGAGUUUACACAACUCAUGCUAGAGGCUCUGGAUGGGUUUUUCUUAGCAAUAAUGACAGACGGAAAUAUCAUUUAUGUAUCUGAGAGUGUUACUUCCCUAUUGGAACACCUGCCUUCCGACCUGGUGGACCAGAACCUCCUGAACUUCCUGCCCGAGGGGGAACACUCCGAGGUGUACAAAGCCCUCUCUUCCCACCCCGAGGGGGACAGCCUGAGCCCAGAUUACCUCAAGACCAAGAAUCAGAUGGAGUUCUGCUGCCACAUGCUGAGGGGCAGCAUCGACCCCAAGGAGCAGCCGGUCUACGAAUACGUCAAGUUCAUCGGCAGCUUUAAAUCGCUGCAUACUGGUAACACUCCUCUGGUGACCAGGAACGGCUUGGAGGGCGUGCUGCAGCGGGCACUGCGACCGGCCUUUGAUGACCAAGUGUGUUUCAUAGCAACGGUGAAGUUGGUCAAGCCGCAGUUUAUCAAGGAGAUGUGCAUCGUGGAAGAGCCGAAUGAAGAAUUUACCUCCAGACACAGCCUGGAGUGGAAGUUCCUCUUCCUGGAUCACAGGGCCCCUCCUAUCAUAGGGUAUCUCCCGUUUGAGGUGUUGGGGACAUCAGGCUAUGAUUACUAUCAUGUGGAUGACCUGGAAGCCCUGGCCAAAUGUCACGAGCACUUGAUGCAGUAUGGGAAGGGGAAGUCCUGCUACUAUCGCUUCUUGACCAAAGGGCAGCAGUGGAUCUGGCUGCAGACGCAGUACUACAUUACCUAUCAUCAGUGGAACUCCAGGCCAGAGUUCAUUGUCUGCGUGCAUACAGUCGUCAGUUAUGCUGAGGUGAGGUCGGAGAGACGUCGAGGGAUGGGCAUCGAAGAAUCCCCACCUGAGAUUACUGACAAGCAGAAUCAGGACUCUGGCUCCGAGUCACAGCUGAACACAUCCAGUCUGAAGGAGGCGCUAGAGCGGUUCAGCCACAGCCGCACGCCGUCCACUUCCUCCCGGAGCUCUCGCAAGUCUUCCCACACUGCCAUCUCCGACAACACCUGUGGCUCCACGCCUUCCAAGAUACAGCUGGACACCACCUCUCCGCACCCUGCUGCCCCAUCCACCAUUGAGAUGUCCUCCCAGCGCCGGUCUUCCAUCAGCAAUCAGUCCAUGUGCUCCCAGACCACAGCCCAGAGUGCAACACCACCUCUGGGGGCGCAGCAGCAGCAGCAGCAGCAGCAGGCACCGCAGCAACAACAGCAACAGGCACAGCCCGCUGUGCAGUUCACGGCCCAGCUGAACGCCAUGCAGCACCUGAAGGACCAGCUGGAGCAGCGCACGCGCGCCAUCGAGGCCAACAUCCAGAAGCAGCAGGCGGAGCUGCGGCAGAUCCAGGAACAGCUGCACCGCGUGCAGGGCACGGGGACGCAGGUAUGCCAACCAGUGAUGUUCCUGCAGCAGUCGCCAUCGGGUGGUCUGAAUGUGCAGCUGGCCCCGGGCGGUGCCACCAUGCUGGGAGCAGCGGGUACUCAGACAGGCGUGCUGACCAUCCAGCCCGGCCAGCAGCAGAGCGUCAGUAGCUCCGAGCAGGCGGUCGCAGUCCAGCAGCAGCAGCAGCAGCAACAACAGCAGCAGCAGCAACAACAACAACAACAACAACAACAGCAGCAGCAGGCUGCAGCUUCCCAGCAACAGCAGCAGGCCCUCGCACAGACUCAGCGUGCAUCCCAGGGUGCCUUGCCCACUCCGCUAUACAACAUGAUGAUUUCACAGCCUGGCUCUGCCAACGUGAUGCCCAUAGCAACCACCCUGGCACACAACAGCUCCCAGGGGGGCACCACCAUCACCACCUUCACCCAGGACCGACAGAUCAGGUUUCCAGCUGGCCAGCAGCUGGUCACUAAGCUAGUGACGGCGCCCAUGGCGUGCGGUGCGGUCAUGGUGCCCACCACCAUGUUCAUGGGGCAGGUAGUGACUGCCUACAGCCCCUUCCAGCAGAGCCAACCCCAGGCCAUCACGCUUCAGCAGCAGCCGCAGCCAGGCCAGACGCAGGUCGACUCGCAGACGCAGGCUGCCCAGGGCCAGGCCGCGCAGUCAGGAGUCGCUCAGCAGCAGCAGCAGCAGGCGCAGUUCCUACAGGUAAACAACAAAGGGCAGCAGCAGCAGGCGCAGUUCCUACAGGGGACCCGUCUGCUCCACGGUAACCAGUCUACUCAACUCAUCCUGCAGGCAGCUUUCCCCAUUCAGCAGCAGGGCACCUUCACUACUACCACCACCACGCAGCAGCAACCCCAGCAACAACGUCAACAACAACAACCACAGCAGCAGCAGCACCGUCAACAACAAUUGAAGCCUCAGACUCAAAAGCAACAGAAAACCCUGUCCAAUCACCGGACUGAUGGUGCAAACGGCCAAUAACGAUAAACCAAAGGGUGGGCUUUCAUCAUCUCAGGAGCCAGUCAAACUGACCUCCUGAGUUUGUUUUUGCCCUCUUCUGGUCCAGUGAUUGGAGUGUGUGUGUUUUUAUUGUUAAUCGUCCUGAGAAGCUCAGUAUUGUUACAGGACCACAGAUAUUUUCAUGAUUUCUAGCUUUCCACAAUUGAAUCAUGGGUAAGAGGAGAAAUCCUGGCGUUCAAAGGAACUCGCUGCUGUGCCCAUCACGAAAUCGAACACUGCACAGGACCCUACCCUCCAACUCCUCCCUACCCACCCCUGACAUUACCAUGGUAACAGUUUGGCUGGGUUCCUCCACUUCCUUCAUCAGCUUUCAAUCAAAGGUGUCUGUUUUUUUUUUUUUUUUUAAAGAAAUAGUAAUAAUUAUUUAUUCAAAUGGGAAAAAAAAAAAAAAACAUUUUGCUGGUUGUCAUCUUCACCAAAACCUCAGAAGAAGGCUGCUGUGUCUGGAUUCUUAUGUGCACCUAAGAGCUUUGACUGACCAGUGGACGUCAAAUGGACUUGGACUCCCUGUACAGUCCCUAUGUAACAUAACCUGUAAAUAUCCCCACAUAAAGGAACAACAGAAGCGAGUAUUUUAUAAGAUGCAUGACCAGUGUAAACUUUUAUUCCUAGUUUUUGUUUUGAUUUUGAUUAUUAUUUUUUUAAUGUUCUUGUAUUGUUCUAAACAGGGGGGAGGGGAUUGCCUUUUUUAUUUUAAUCUAGAGUUUCUUCAGACUGGUCCAUAGGGAUUCUUGAGAGUGUGUCACAGUUUGUUUAAUACAGAGAAUUUAGGAUUUAAUGGAACACUUGCGCAACUUCCAUAGACAUUAUUUUUCCUUAUAGGUAUGUUAAUGUAAUAGCAUACAGUUAACCCUCCUGCUAGAGGAACCUUAGGUUAAAAAUGCUUGAAUAUACCUGUCAAAAUUUCAUCUCUAUACAAUGAAGUGCCAACAGGUGAACUAGUAUGAACUUUCUGCUGUGUUUUUGAAGCUACCUGUUAAAUAGUUAGCGUUGGUGUUCAUGCCUGCCACCUCCCCCGGUGCCUCCGCCUGAUGUACCUUCCCCCAUGUUGCCUCUGCCCGUUGAGAGCCAGGCCACACACUUCUUUUGGGGCCUGUCCAGCUUAUCAGCUGGGAACCGUCAGUCACUGACCUUUUGCUCCUUGAACCCCAGUGCGUCUCCUGCCUGGUGGUGGAGAUACCUGAGACUGGGGAUCUGUUUGUCUGGCUGCUGACGCCCCAAGGGCCCUUUAGGCCCUUUUAAAUUGUAAAUUUAACUGGCUUCGGUCAAGUGUUUAUUGUUGCUAGGUUACAGUCGUUGUGAGAGAAGUGACAUUGACGAGCCCAGCGCUGUUCUGAAAGUUGAAUAGAGUUAAACUUUAAGCACUCUAAGCGCUGCGGAAAAAAAACUGCCGGCGUCGGCGAAAAAAACGUGAUUGUUGGACACAGGCCCUAAAACAUGCUUCCUCACGUUCUGUGUUGACAGAUUUUCUGAAAUACUCACCCCAGGAUAAUGUUUGUAUGUAAGCACUUAUAAUUGUCGGAGCACUUGGAUCUGUGUGUGUGUGUGUGUCUGUGUCUGUGUGUGUGUGUGUGUGUGUGUGUGAGCGCAAGCGAAAGAAAGUGAGAACGUUCUUCCAGCCCAGGUGUCUUACAUAACUUGCUAAUGAUAUUGACGCUCCGUGGUACGCAUGUUUCUCCGUGUCUCUCAGGUAUAGGAAUACACACAGUCUGUACUCAGCUCUGCCCUGGGCAAAGGAUUUGAUAGGAUUUGAGUGAGGGAAGAAGGAGGUGGGGCCAGAGCAGCCUCCGCUUCCCCCACUGCUGCACAGCUACAGUAAGCCAUAUCUAAUGCACGCCUUGGUGUCAGUUGGAUCUUACCCUAUGCUUUUUGAGGCGCGUGUGUGUAGUGUGUGUGUGUGUGUGUGUGUGUGUGUGUACAGUGUGGUUUGAGUCUUUGUGUUUGUAUGCGUAUGGUGUACAGUGUGUAGUUUUCCAUUUGGGAGGAUGUCUGCACAUUACAGUUAAACUUAUUUGUGCAACACGAUUGUGUGUGUGCACACGUCAUUUGAAUGCAACGUUGUGAGAGCUUCAACAUAUAGAUACUGUGUGUGUGUGUGUGUGUUGGGAGGAUGUAAAUGAGCAUGAGUGUGGAUGGUUUGUGAUGUCAUUAUCACACAGGGGUUCACCAUGUGUUACUCCUGGCGAUAACCAAUCAGUUCUUGCUUUGCAGUAAACAAACCAUUCUAGAGACCUCUUCGGCUAGGUUAGAUGCUUACCUCUGUCUCAAACAUAAUCCUUAUUGUUGGAAACAUUUUUUAUAUAAUGGAAAUCAGAACCUACUUUAUUUUCUUACGGCUGAAGGAGUUUUAAUUGUGCAGGGAAUAGAUAGUGUGGGCAAAGAAGACCGUCACUGUUGAGCUGAAGUGGUUUGUCAGAAGAGAGACAAAAAAGAGUGUAGUUAAACAAGCUGUGACACUCAGGCUUGAUUGAACGAUCUACUUCCAAAUAUGACCUUCCUUCUUUUAAAACCAUCCCCUUGUUUACUUCUGUGUUGUUGAUGUUAUUGUUGGUGUUGCUACUAUUGUUGUUGGUUGGUGUUUUUAUUUUUAUCUGUUUGUUUUCAUGGACAAUGCAUUUAUUAUUCAGUGGUGUAUUCCUCAAACACAGAUGUCACUCAAGUGCAGCACCCCUCCAAAAUGUAUGCCAAGUAUAUGGAUGGACUGAGUCAUGUCUCUAAUGCUCAACAUGCCCCAUCAAAUCUCCAAAGUUCUGCAGAGUUUUCUUGUGGAACAGGUAAGAGGGAAGGUGUGAAUUGUGCAGAAAUCCCAUGGAAGGAGAGCUGGAGGUUUCUCACUGGCUUUUCAGCCUUAUUCAGAACAAUGAACAUGUUCAUUUUGUCAUCAUUGAUACUGUAUGUAAACAACAUGAGUGUUUUUGAGAUGUUCUAUGGUGCUACACUACAGUAUAAAGUGUGUCAUUGAAGUAUGCUUACAAAAAAAAUAAUUUCACAAUGGUGUCUCAAAUGAAAUAUCAUCACAUAAUUUUGCAACAGUUUCGUAGACGAGUUUGCCAAUAACCUCUGCCCCUUAUUAAUAUUCAAUAUUAAAAUAAACAAUACAACAAACUAUAUGUAA